AUGACGACUAGGCUUGUACAACGGACAUUGGCCGGAGAAGUAGCAGUAGUGAAGUGUGGCAAAUGUGACAAGAUCUGCAAGAAUCUAAGGGGAUUGCGGAUACAUCAAGCCAGGACUGAUUGUGGGAAAUCAGACACCCAGACGCAACGCUCAGGUGGUACACCUGGUGAGACGUUGGAGGAUCCAAGUCGGGAAGAAUCCCAUAGAACUAGGAACCUCUAUGCUUCUGAGAAUCUGGUUUCAAACACCCAGGGCAGGCAGCAGGAAGAGGACGACCAUGACCCUCUUCUUGAUCUGCUUCCCCCACUGGACGAUGACACUCCAGCACAUGCAGAACCAGCACCACAAGUACAAACAGCUCCGGGAGAUGAUGAGAAGAGGCGCCCGCGGAUAGCAUGGCCCAAGACGACAGACCGGCGAGCGUGGCAGGAGCUAGAUCGAGACGUCUCCGCUAUACUGGAAACAACCCUCCAGGGUCCAGCUGACCGAAAGAUAAGAGCUAUGACGGGCCUCAUCUAUACUGUAAGCAAAGAGAGGUUUGGCUUGGCUGAGAAGAAACCAGAGAAGCCAGCCCCAAUCAUCAGCAGAAGACAGAGGUUAAUCAAACAGACCAGAAAGGAGCUUACAAGUGUAAAGAGGCAGUAUAGAAAAGCCAAGGAAGGAGAAAAAGUAGGACUCCAACAGUUACGAAGCACAUUACAUGAGAAACUGAGCACUCUCAACAAGGCUGAGCAAACAAGACAGAGGAAAAGAAAGAGGGAGAGGCAGAGAGCUAGAUUCAUCCAGAAUCCAUACCAGUUCUCCAAAGACAUCCUUGACAACGAACGAUCAGGAACAGUAGAGAGCAGUAUGGAGGACAUAGAACAGCACUUACGCAAUGUCCACAGUGAUCCUUUACGGGAGGUUCCACUGGGUGACUGUUCAAGGCUAGAACCAGAAGACCCACCAGAAACUCCUUUGGACACAAAGGAGCCAUCAUUGUCUGAGGUACAGCACGUGGUGAAGAAAGCAAGGACAGGCUCAGCCCCAGGCCCUAAUGGCAUUCCUUGUCGUGUCUAUAAGAUGUGCCCAGGCAUACUUCGGAAACUAUGGACCCUACUUAGAGUUAUUUGGAGAAAGGGCAAAAUCACGGAUUGCUGGAAGAGAGCGGAGGGAAUAUUCGCCCCAAAGGAGAAGGACUCGAAGAAUAUUGGUCAACGAUGCGUCGAGCAUACCAGUGUUCUCAGCCAAGUGAUCCGGGAAGCACGAGUGAACCAUGAUGUCCUGACUGUAGUGUGGCUAGACCUUGACAACGCUUAUGGAUCAAUACCCCACAAGUUGAUUGAGAAGGCACUUGAGCAGUAUCAUGUACCAGAACACGUUUGUAACCUGGUAAAAGACUACUACAGAGGCAUUAAGAUACGCUUUGCUGUGGGAGACAAGACAACAGCAUGGCAAAGCUUGGAGAAAGGCAUUGUCACAGGAUGCACAAUCUUUGUGGUCCUGUUUGUGAUGGGUAUGAACCUCAUCAUCAAUGCAGCGAAGAGAGAGACACGUGGUCCAAAAGCAGCAACAGGAAUCUACCUACCUCCAAGGUGGAUGCUUUCGGCCCUAGAAGAGACAGCAACUUGGUCCAGAAUGAGGUUCAAACCCAGAAAGUCCAGAGCACUUGUUAUCAGGAAAGGCCAACCUACCAAGAAAUUCAAUCUGACAGUGCAAGGUGAGGACAUACCAUCGAUAAUGGACUGCCCCAUUAAAUGCCUUGGGAAGUGGUAUGAUGCUACACUCCAAGAUGGGAACAACAUCAAGCGCAUCAAGAACCAGCUCAUUGAAGGGCUGAAGCAGAUUGACAGAAGCGGACUACCUGGCAAAUUCAAGGCCUGGUUAUUCCAGAAUGGACUUCUCCCACGACUGAUGUGGCCACUGAUGCUGUAUGAGGUGGCAACAACAGUGGUGGAAGGACUGGAGAGAACCAUUAGUAGGCAUUUGCGAAAGUGGCUUGGCGUACCACCCAGCUUCAGCAACAUUGGGCUGUAUGGACGAUCAAAUCAACUACAGCUCCCAUUGAGUUCGUUGGUGGAGGAGUACAAGGUGGCAAAGGCCAGACUUGUCAUGACGCUGAAAGAUUCAAGGGAUGACAUGGUCCGAAGAGCAGGUGUUGAGACCAGGACGGGAAGAAAGUGGUCCGCUAGCCAGGCUGUAGCGCAAGCCGAGAGCCGCCUACAACACAAAGACAUUGUGGGAACAACGGCAGUGGGAACACAAGGUCUGGGCUCUGCGGAGUCGAGGAGCUGGAAGAAGGCGGACAGUAGGACAAGGAGGGAGAUGGUCCAGGCAGAGGUACGUCUGGCCGAAGAAGAAGAUCGAGGCAUAAGGGCAGUGGCAAUGGGGUGCCAGGGUGCUUGGACAAAGUGGCAGACUACAGGAAAGAAGAUGACAUGGGCGGAUAUCUGGCGUAGCGAACCUCUGCGCAUCAGUUUCCUGCUCAGGUCAGUCUACGACCUGCUACCUUCACCAGCAAACCUGCACAGAUGGGGAAAACGUGACGACCCAACCUGCCAACUUUGCGGAAAGAUAGGCACGCUAGAACAUACACUAUCGUCUUGCCAGACAGCCCUUACACAAGGAAGAUACAGGUGGAGACACGACAAGGUCCUCCAAGAACUGGCAGACAUAGUGGAAAGGGAGAGGCGAAAGAAGAGGACUGUGAAAGAGACCGGGAAGAUGCAGUUUGUUAAGGAAGGGGAAACCAUCAAGAAGCAGCAGACGCAAGCAGCAUCGUUCCUAGAUCGUGCGCAGUCAUGGGAGAUGGUUGUUGACCUGAAACGAAGGCUGGUUUUCCCAACUGCGGACCCACCACCAGGAGAAUGUCUUUAA